AACAUAAUGUCCACCACCCAAGCACCAUCUGACACCAAGGUUUUUGUUUCUAACUUGCCAUACAGAACCAACUGGUCUGCUUUGAAGGAACACUUCUCUGCUGCUGGUAACGUUACCUACGCUAGAAUCUUCACUGAUGCUCAAACUAAGAGAUCCAAGGGUAUUGGUUUUGUUGAAUUCGAUACUGCUGAAGCUGCUGCUAAGGCUAUCACCAUGUUCAACGAAUCUGAAUUCAAUGCCAGAAAGAUCUACGUCAGACAAUUCCAAGAAAAGGAAAAGACUGAACAAGUUGCUCAACAAUAAAUCGUUUUGGUGCUAAGUUAAACCGAAAAUAAUAAUAUUUAAAUUAAAAAAUUUAUUGUGAU